AUGAUUAAUUAUUAAUAGGUCAGCACAUAUUCCAAUAGAGUAAGCAGCCCGCAAUAGUUCCACCCUAAUGGCAUUUAACAUUCUCCUAUCAAUUUUAGUUCUAGAAAGUAAUCAAUCAAUUAGCAAAUCAGUCUCAAAGAUAUUGAAAAAUCUCCAAUUAAUAAAUUGGAUUAAAAUAAAAAACAGAUAAAAUAUCUCAUACAAAAGAGACCUGCCAAUAUCUCUAAUUACGGACUCCCAGAAAAUUAGAACACGGAUGACCAAUAGAAUGCUCAUGUAGAGAAAUAAAAAUAAACUUAUAGAUACAACAACAGUAAAAGAAAACUUUUGAGCCCACAGAGACCAUCAUUAAUGCCCGCAAAUGGCUAAAACAUUAAGGUAGUAGACUUUGAUGAUGAAAACUCAUAGCCAUAAUAAUAGAGAUUUUAAAUUCAUCAUCAAACUCAUCAAAACUUCUAUAAGUAGAGUAAUAGCAACAGUUAGAACAAGAGUAGCAACCUCGAAAACAAUAGGAAAAAGAAAUAAGAGUAUGAGCUAAAUGAAAUGGAUUUCAAGGUGAAUCUAAAUUAAUCCGACUAAAUGAGUAAAAUCAUGAAUUAGUCAUACCAGCAGUAGCAGCAAUAAGAUAACUCCCCUAAAAAUCAAUUUGGAAUAUCACAGAGAGAUUGGAUAUAGAAAUAAAUACAGAUGAACAACAUUAUACAAAGAGUAAAUCCUGAGUCUAACCUCCCGAGAUAAAAUACAUUGAAAUUUCCUAAGUAUAAUAAUCAGAACGAUCCGAAUCAACUAAAUAUCAUUCAUUCAUAAAAUGAUGACAUCCCCUCAAAGUUCAUUUCAAAGGUAGAAUAAUAACAUAAUCUCUAACAGUAAUCCAUGCAACUAAACUAGCUAUACUAAGGCCACUAGAGUAAUCAUGUCACAUACUUUGGACAUUUUACAAAUUCAAAGCCAAAAAAAUAAACAAUGAAAGACCUUUAUUCUAGUAACGUAAAUAAACAACAAGCCUAUUAAUCACAGAGUUCAUAGAGCACGGCUACAAACUCAACAUUCUUUGAGUAGCGGAUUGCAAGUUAGACCAGAGGAGAAAAAUAACUUUUAUAGCCUCUUAAUUUACUUUCUAAUUAAUCGCCCGAUGAUUUAGUUAUCGAAGAAGCUUUAGAAAAAGUUGCGCCGGUGCCUGUUUUAGAGAAGGUUAAUAGUCUGGGGAAUGUUUAGUUCUAAACAAUGUAGAAUUUCUUCAAAACUAAUCUUGCCCAAUAAAUAAUAUAACCUGUAUAAUAAUCAAGAGCUAACUAGUCUUAAAUGAGUAAUAGAUAGAAGCUUCAAGAUGCAACAGCCAAAUAGGUAAAUCCUAUCGGUAGAUCAAAAAUUAGAAGAUCCAGUGUACAGAGUCGCAAGUCUCAAGAAUCUCAAAUUCUCGUGAAUAACUUAUAGGAACAGUAGAAUAAGGACACUUUCUUUGACAAUAUUAAUACUUAAUACUAUCAAACCUCAAAGGGAUUCGGUAAAGUUAAAGACAUUAAUUUUGAGGUUCAGCGAGACACUCGGGUGAUCAAGCAUCUUUAGCCAGAAGUCAAAGAAUAGCUUAAUUUGCUGUUUUACGAUUUCAAUAAUUCGUAGAAAUAACCAUAACAGCACCGUUCAUAAAACCCUCGAUUAAAUGAAGGAACCCAAGUCUCAGAUAUUUUAGACAAUAUUUAGGUUUAGGAGUUCCAAAUGAAGAACUGUAAUAAUCAUUAUUAGAUAGGCGACCGUGUUCCUACGAGAGAGGGCGCCUCUAGAGUCAGAAAGACUAGAAUAUAAGCUAGAAAAACCACAGCAGCCUUCAACUAAUAAAGAGAGAGUAAUUGA